AUGCCGGCGAGCGACCGUUUGGACAAGGUUUUUGCCGCGCUCCUGGCCCGCCGGGAGUCAAAGAGCCAGCUCCGGCGGCUGACCCUCGUUCCGGCCGGCAGCGCCGACUUUUCGUCCAACGCCUACCUCUCUCUGUCGACCCACCCCGAGAUUCAGGCUCGGUACCUGUCCCGAAUCAAGGCCCACCUCGAGCCGUCUCCGUCACAGUCACCGUCCCCAUCCCGGACAGUUGAUACUGGAGGUGACAGUACCGUUACCAAGUUCAAUGGCGAUGGCAAUAGCAACGGAAAACCCCACGGCGCAUCUCUCCUCGGCUCCGGUGGUUCACGCUUACUAGACGGCAACGUGUCCCUCGCAGAAUCCCUCGAGAGAGAUAUCGCAGCCUUCCACCGCGGCCCGGCCGGCCUGCUCUUCAACUCGGGCUUUGACGCCAAUGUCGGGCUCUUCAGCUGCGCCCCUCAACCGGGCGACAUCAUCGUCUAUGACGAGCUCAUCCACGCCAGUGUUCACGAUGGCAUGAAACUGAGCAGAGCAGAGAAGAAGAUUGCUUUUGCGCGCAACACGGUAGAUCCCGCCGAAGCCCAGCAGCAGUGGCCACAGAGCUUGAGCGAGGUCCUGUCCAGGUUAACCGAUGGCGAGGAAGGCCGCCUGGUGCGCGAGGGGCGGAAACGCGUCUUCGUCGCCGUCGAAGGGAUUUACAGCAUGGAUGGGGACGUGGCGCCGCUCAAGAAAGUGGUUGAGUGUGUUGAAAGGCUGCUUCCCCGCGGCAACGGCCUUGUUAUUGUCGAUGAGGCGCAUUCGACGGGGCUUCUUGGACCAAGAGGGCGAGGGCUCGUUUGUCAGCUUGGCCUUGAGGAUCGGGUGUGGGCUCGAGUACACACGUUUGGCAAGGCGAUGAGUUGCUCAGGAGCAAUCAUUCUGUGCUCUCACAUCACUCGAUCAUAUCUCAUCAACUACGCCCGGAGUCUCAUCUACACUACCGCCAUGCCCUUCACGUCUCUGGCAAGUAUCAAGACGGCGUACGACUUCAUCGCAAACGGUCACUCUGAACCACUCCUUCGCCAUCUCUGGUCCCUCAUCAACCAGACAAACGAACUUUUGCUAGAAAUGCUGGAACGUCACCGGCCUGAUAGAAACCUGAUGCACCUGGCGCCUGGGAAGCCGAGAUCGCCCAUCAUACCACUCUUCACCUCGGAUCCUCGGGGCCUGGCACAGCACUGCCAGAAGCGGGGGUUCAUGCUGAGGCCGAUUGUUGCGCCUACUGUCCCAGUGGGAAGCGAGCGCGUGAGGAUCUGCCUUCAUGCCGGAAACUCUAUCGAGGAGUUGGAAGGUUUGGUGUCUGCCAUUGAGGGUUGGCUGGUUGCUCAACCGACGCAUCAAGGGCAAUUAUUUGACAAUGCUCUGGUAGGACAACCUGGACCGCCAAAGUCGCGGCUUUAG